CCACGUAAUUAACGAAUCAUGAGGGACCUGACAGGCUAUAUAAGGUCCAGGCACACCUGUGAUUUAAAUCUCAACAACGAAAAACAUAUUCAGUGACCACAUGAAACAAAUUGAGUCAUGAAACCCGCUGUAGCAUGUGCCUUACGGCAGUGGCAAAAACUUCUGACCAACAACAGGAAUCAGGAGAGACGCCGAUCCCAGCGCUGGAAAGCGAGAAUGCGCAAAGCCAUCCUGCUUCAUCUUGAGGUUCAACACCCACACUCAUACAAAAGUUUGAACAGCAGUGUCCCGGUGCUGGAGCUGUACUUCGGAGAUGGGUGCCUGCUGAAGGACUUCAGGAUGAGCCGAGACUCCCUGGAGGCCUUGAUGCGGUGUCUGGGGCCUGAGAGGAGACAGGCCUGGGGACACCACAUGACUGUAUUGACAACUGUGUACUGGCUGGCACACGGUUUGUCAUACAGUGUGGUGUCCCGGGCCUUUCAGGUACCCCUCUCCACGGUCCACAGACUGGUCCACCAGGGAGUGGAGGACAUCGCUGCUCUCAGGCAGUCUGUGAUCAGGCUGCUUGCUGGUCCAGAGCUGGAGGAGGUCGGGCAGGGCUUCCAGCAGUUGGCCGAUAGCCCGGCAUUUAGUUCAUGUGUGGGUGCCAUUGAUGGGUGCCACAUUAGAAUAAAGACCCCACCCGGACCCAGUGGCCAGGACUACAUAAAUCGGAAGCUCUUUCCUUCCAUACAGCUGCAGGCUGUGCGAUGGGAAGGGUAAAUUCCUACAAACAUUCGUAGGAUUUCCGGGCUCAGUGCACGACACCCGUGUCCUAAAAAACAAUACCUUAUACAAAGAGGCUCUGUACCCUCCACCAGGGUACUUUAUUGUGGGAGAUGGUGGCUAUCCGUGCAUUGUACACCCCAUAACGGUCGUAACCCCGUAUCGGGAGCCACUACAGGGGAGGGUACAGAGCCGCUUCAACGGCUUCACCUGCCAAAGCGCGCAGCAUCAUUGAGCGCGCUUUGGGGAUACUGAAGGGGCGAUGGAGGUGCCUCCUGUCCAAGGCCUUGGAGGUGAACCACACCUUUCUCCCUGCUGUGUACUGCACAAUCUCA